AUGGCUUCGAAUGGUGGCACCCCCGUGCCGGAGGAGGGGCUGAAGCCUCCCCCUGGCGUCGUAUUGCCUCCAAAGGAUAUUCAAAGUAUCAUCGAGAAGACCGCUGGUUAUGUCGCGCGUAACGGAACCGUCUUUGAAGACCGCAUCCGCGAGAAAGAAAGGAAGAACGUCAAAUUCUCUUUCCUUGCUGACACCGAUGCGUAUUCUCCCUACUACAAGUGGCGUCUUUCCGAAAUAAAAGAAGGUCGUGGGACAUCGGUCUCUGCAGGACGCGCAGGAGAAGCAGUCGCCGUCAUGCCUGAGAAACCCAAGGCCCCCCCCGAGCCACCCAAGCUCCGGUUCUCGGCGCGCAUGCCCAACAUCAGUGCGCUCGAUCUGGAUGUCCUCAGACUCACUGCGUUUCAUACUGCGGGGAAAGGCCAACAGUUCGCGACGGGACUCUCGCAGCGUGAAGCUGGAAAUCCUCAAUUCGAUUUCCUACGACCCAACCACAGCCUUUACUCGUACUUCCGGGCCAUGGUUGAAGAAUACACCAUUCUCCUCAACGAAAACGGUGAUGGUGUCAAUCCGGACACCACCGAGAAACACCGCCGUGAAGAACUGAAGAAGAACAUCGAGAACAAGUACCACAUCCUCGACCGCGCGAAGGAGCGAAACGAAUUUACGAAAUGGCAAGAGUCGCAGAAGAAGGAGAAAGAAGAUCUGGAGGAGAAAGAGCGACGGGAGUAUGCGGAAAUUGACUGGCAUGACUUUGUUGUGGCGGAGACCAUUGUGUUUACCGAGGAGGAUGAAAAAGAAGAACUGCCACCUCCCAUGUCCCUUCACGAUCUGCAGACUGCCUCUCUUGAACAGCGGGCUGCUAUGUCGAUGAACACCUUGCGCAUUGAAGAGGCUAUGCCCACCGACCUUGAUACCCCAACCUACUACAACGCCUCCAACCAACCCGCUCCUGGUCCUUCUUCUGUUUCCCCUUACCCGGCUCAGGCCCAGGGACCUUACCAGCCUCCUCCAAUGGCUCCUGGUUUCCAGGCCCCUCCCGCUCCUCCGAUGCCAGCGGCCCCCGGCCAGCCUCCCAUGCGUAUUCGCUCGGAUUACGUGCCCCGAGCUCAGGCCCGUCGCCAGCAAGCCCCUGGUCCAAUGGCGCUCUGUCCAAACUGUAAACAGCAGAUUCCGGUUGCAGAGCUUGAGCAGCAUAUGCGUAUCGAGCUUCUCGACCCUCGCUGGAAGGAGCAGCGUGCCAAGGCUGAAUCUCGCAGUUCCACGACCAAUCUUAACACGAGCGACGUCGUCAACAACCUGAAGCGUCUUGCCAGCAACCGAACCGACGUAUUCGACACUACCGCUUCGCGUGCUCCGGCUCUGGAUCCCGAGGAGGAUGCUCGUCGUAAGCGUAUGGCCACUGGCGCAGAAGCUCCUGUUGCUCCCGGUCCAGCUGCGGUGCCUCCCGGACACGUCCCCCAGACCACGAAUAUCGAGGAUCAGCUCCGACACAUUCACCAAAUUGCCAAAAAGUAA